AUGUUCAAGUAUAAUCGACUAGGCACCCUUGUACCUAUCAGGCACCCGUACGCCAAGGAGUUCGUUACCAACAACUUGACUUUCACCACUGUUGACCUCAGAAACGACGACGAAGACCGCCGCUUGUGGCAAGGCGUCAUUUUCGACGUCAAGGCCGUCAUCUUCGUGGUCGAUGCCUCGGCCUCUGAUUGGCAUCUUACCCUGGCCUCGGAGGCGCUUGAAGAUCUCUUGUGCACUGAGAAACUCGAGGGGGUGCCGUUUGUGGUGCUGGGCAACAAAGCCGACCGCCCCAACCUGUAUGAUGUCCUGCGCGAACGGCUUCACCUAGGCCGGCACACAGAUCGGCCCAUCAGGCUCUUCAUGUGCUCUGUCACGGAGAAUUGGGGAUGUGGGGAGGCUAUCAGAUGGCUUGCGGAGCACUUAUAG